AUGUCGAAGAUUCGCUCGAGAAAUACGAAGUGGAUGGCACUGAAACUUGAUAUGAGUAAAGCCUACGAUAGGGUCGAAUGGAGUUUUAUCGACGCCAUGCUCACGAGAAAAGGUUUUCCUCCUCGGUUCAAGGCCUUGAUUUAUAAUUGCAUUUCUACAGUCAGGUUCUCAUUCUCUAUCAAUGGAGUUAUUAUGGGUAGCCUGGUUCCUUCUCGUGGUUUGAGACAAGGCUGCUCGUUAUCACCUUAUCUAUUUAUUCUUUGCGCCGAAGGCUUUUCUGAGGCAUUGAGGCAUGCUGAAGUAUCGGGUGAUCUGAUGGGUAUGCGAUGCAGUCGGCAAGGCCCUCGAAUAUCUCAUUUAUUUUUUGCCGACGAUUCUAUUAUUUUCUCCAAAGCCCGGCCACAGGAAGCAACGUUUAUCUUAAACAUCCUUCGAAGGUAUGAACACGCCUCUGGACAGAUUAUAAAUUUGAAGAAGACGACAAUUACUUUUUCGCCGAAUACCCCAAUCUCUUCUCGAAACGACAUAUGGUCCUUAUUCGGUAUCCAAAAUCCAUCGUCUCAUAGUACCUAUCUGGGGCUUCCUUUUGUGGUGGGCCGAGCGAAAUUUCGUACUUUCGCAUCCGUUCAAGAUAAAGUUUGGAAACGGCUUCAAGGUUGGAACCGGAAUCUAUUCUCUAAGGGCGGUCGAUAA